AUGGCGGCUGUGAUGGUGAUGGUCCUACCAGCGCCUGAGGAACUACAGCUCCGGUUCCACCUCAGCGGGACGGUAACGGAGCCGGCGACUGCAACAGAACCAGAGAUGACCUACAAGGUGGCCAUCAGCUUCGACCGCUGCAAAAUCACCUCAGUGACAUGCGGCUGUGGGAACAAGGACAUUUUUUACUGCGCCCACGUUGUGGCGCUUUCGCUGUACAGGAUCCGCAAGCCGGACCAGGUCAAACUCCGUCUUCCCAUCUCAGAGACCCUUUUCCAGAUGAACAGGGACCAGCUCCAGAAGUUUGUUCAGUAUUUGAUCACGGCACACCACACCGAGGUGCUGCCCACUGCCCAGAAGUUGGCUGAUGAGAUCCUGUCCUCCAACUCGGAGAUCAACCAAGUGCAUGGCGCUCCUGACCCCACUGCUGGGGCCAGCAUCGACGACGAGAACUGCUGGCAUUUGGACGAGGAACAGGUCCGAGAGCAGGUGAAGCUGUUCCUAUCUCAGGGAGGGUACUACGGCUCGGGGAAGCAGCUCAACUCCAUGUUUGCCAAGGUUCGGGAGAUGCUGCGCAUGAGGGACUCCAAUGGGGCCAGGAUGCUGACGUUGAUAACGGAGCAGUUCAUGGCCGAUCCUCGUCUCUCCCUCUGGAGGCAGCAGGGGACGGGCAUAACGGAGAAGUGCCGGCAGCUCUGGGAUGAGCUGGGGGCGCUGUGGGUGUGCGUGGUGUUAAACCCACAUUGCAAGCUGGAAGAGAAAUCCUGCUGGCUCCGGCAGCUGCGCAAGUGGGGCGAGAUGGACGUCUGUCCUCUGGAAGAUGGCAAUUACGGUAACGAGCUUCCCAACAUCACCAACGCGCUUACACAGAGCUCCGGCCACAGCCAAGACUCCCUGGCCAGGCCCAGACGAACCGUGUUCACCCGGGCGAUCGAGGGCUGUGACCUCCACUGGCAGGACAGCCACCUGCAGCGCAUCAUUAGCAGUGACUUCUACGUGUCUCCCUCCUACCAGCGGGAGGGCGAGAGCCUCCUCUUCAACUCCCAGGGGCAGCCGCUGUGGUUAGAACAUGUCCCAACAGCCUGCGCUCGGGUGGAUGCCCUGCGGUCCCACGGCUAUCCCAGAGAAGCUCUCCGACUGACUGUUGCCAUUAUCAACACCCUGCGACUGCAACAGCAAAGGCAGCUGGAAAUAUAUAAGCAUCAGAAGAAAGAGCUGCUGCAGCGAGGAGCAACAACCAUCACCAACUUGGAGGGCUGGGUAGGCCACCCUCUGAACCCCAUCGGCUGCCUCUUUCUCACCCUGACCGAAGCUUGUAGAUUAGAAGAGGAAAAUUGCCUUGAAAUUUCAGAUGCCGGGGACUCCAAACCUCCAGUGUAUCAACAUGUGCCCGUCACGACCGGCAGCCAAGACAACGGCGAGUCCUACCUGUCCCUGGCCUUAGAGGUGGCCCUGAUGGGGAUGGGUCAGCAGAGGGUGAUGCCUGAAGGUCUCUACGCCCAGGACAAGGUGUGUCGCAACGAGGAGCAGAUCAUCGCCCGGCUGCAGGACCUGGAGCUGGACCCGGUGCUGGUGCAGACCCUGCGGAAGCAGUGCAUCUUGCUGCUGGAAGGUGGUCCCUUCAGCGGCUUGGGAGAAGUCAUCCACCGUGAGAGCGUCCCCAUGCACACCUUUGCCAAAUACCUGUUCUCUGCCCUGCUGCCCCACGAUGCAGAUCUGGCGUACAAGCUGGCUUUGCGGGCCAUGAGGUUGCCCGUCCUGGAGACCACGGCACCGUCCGGCGAUGUGACUCACCCCCACCACCUGGUCUCGGUGGUCCCCAGCAGAUACCCACGUUGGUUCACCCUGGGGCACCUGGAGUCACAGCAGUGCGAGCUGGCCUCCACCAUGCUCACGGCAGCCAAAGGGGACAUGCUGCGCCUACGCACGGUGUUAGAGGCCAUCCAGAAGAACAUCCACUCCUCCUCGUUGAUCUUCAAGCUGGCCCAAGACGCGUUCAAGAUUGCCACUCCAGCCGACAGCAACUCGGACACAACGCUGCUCAAUGUGGCACUGGAGCUGGGGCUACAGGUGAUGCGCAUGACCCUGUCCACCCUCAACUGGCGGCGGCGGGAGAUGGUGAGGUGGCUGGUGACAUGCGCUACUGAAGUGGGGGUGAGGGCCCUGGUGAGCAUCCUGCAGAGCUGGUACUCACUGUUCACUCCCACGGAAGCCACCAGCAUUGUGGCAGCCCCGGUGAUGUCCCACAACACCAUCCUGCGCCUGAGCCUGGACUACCCGCAGCGGGAAGAGCUGGCCAGCUGCGCCCGCACCCUGGCCCUGCAGUGCGCCAUGAAGGACCCGCAGAACUGCGCCCUGUCUGCCCUGACCCUCUGCGAGAAGGACCACAUCGCCUUUGAGACUGCCUACCAGAUUGUCAUUGACGCCGCCUCCACUGGCAUGACCUACACCCAGCUCUUCACCAUCGCCCGCUACAUGGAGCACCGGGGCUACCCACUCCGGGCGUUCAAACUGGCUUCGUUGGCCAUGACACAUCUCAACCUGGCCUACAACCAGGACACGCACCCGGCCAUCAACGACGUGCUCUGGGCCUGCGCCUUGAGCCACUCUCUGGGCAAAAACGAGCUGGCGGCCAUCAUCCCACUGGUGGUGAAGAGCGUGCACUGUGCCACGGUGCUCUCGGACAUCCUUCGCCGCUGCACCAUGACGGCCCCAGGACUGGCCGGCAUCCCCGGCCGCAGGAACUCGGGGAAGCUGAUGUCCACCGACAAAGCCCCGCUGCGGCAGCUGCUGGACGCGACGAUAAGCGCCUACAUCAACACCACCCACUCCCGGCUCACCCACAUCAGCCCGCGGCACUACGGGGAGUUCAUCGAGUUCCUCAGCAAGGCCAGGGAGACCUUCCUCCUGGCGCAGGACGGGCACAUACAGUUCGCCCAGUUCAUUGACAAUCUCAAACAAAUCUACAAAGGCAAGAAAAAACUGAUGCUGCUGGUGCGGGAGCGGUUUGGGUGAGCCCCGGCCCCCGCCACGCUCACUGGCAGGGGCCCGCCCCAGC